AUGCACCCCGACUGCUGCUGGAGAGGCACUGUUGUCUGCGCUGGGGAGGAGAUAAAGAUAAUAGGAAGGCGAAAUCUGAACAGAGCUUUUGAAGGAGACAUAGUUGCUGUUGAGUUGAUUGAGGAAGAGACACAAAGCAGCAGCAGCAGCAGCAGCAGCAGCAGCAGCAGCAGCAGCAGCAGCAGCAGCAGCAGGAGUUUGGAGGAGCAGCAAAGAGAAGAAAAACGCAAACUUGAGGUGUAUGCGGAGCUUUUGGAAACUGAAGACGAUCCCCUUCUAAACGAUCCCGAGUGGGAGUCGCCCGAUCCCGAUCCCAGCAGCAGCAGCAGCAGCAGCAGCAGCAGCAGCAGCAGCAGCAGCAGCAGCAGCAGCAGCAGCAGCAGAGCCGGUAUUUUGGAAAAAGAGGGAGAUGAGGAGACCCGCCAGUCCAAAGAACUCGACGGCAAAAGAAUCGCCGUCGCCGUCGACGCCUGGGCCCCCACGCAAAUGCUCCCCCGGGGACACUGGACAGAAAUCCUCGGCGACUUCGGAGACCCAAAGACGGAAGGAGAUUUAAUUCUGCGAGAACGCGGCUUCGGCGUGAACGGCUUCUCGGCAGCAGCUCUGCAGUGUCUGCCGAGCUCGGAGUGGUCUUUGCAAGUUUUGGAGUUUUUGGAUUUUUCGGAAAUUCAAAAAAGAAAAGAUUUUCGAAAAGAAAUGACUUUUUCGAUCGACCCUCCGGGGUGGUUUGCAGGAAGCGCGUUGGACCUGGAGGCUGCGCAGCGGUGCACAACAGUUUAUUUGGUGGAAAGAAGAAAUGAAAUGCUCCCGCCCCUCCUCACUUCCAACUUGUGCUCUCUGGUGGAGGGCCAAGACCGGCUGGCGUUUUCAGUGUUGUUUUUAAUCGACGAAAAAGGGUUUGUGGAAAAAGAAGAAUUCCAAAAAACAAUUAUCAACUCCAACAAAAGCCUGACUUACCAGCAGGCCCAGGACAUCGUCGACGACCCGCGCGACCA